AUGAAAGAGCUAACAGUGAUUCAAAAGGACGAAGAAGAAAAUGCAGCAACUCCGCCUGUCAAUCACGAUGCUAUAUACGACAUUUACGCAUUAUUUGCCCGCCACUUGCCUGGUUUGAAAAUCAUUGCAACAAAGGGGGAUCACGAACGACCAAUGUUGGAGAUGUCGAACUGGAUAUUCACGCCAAAGGUAGAGGCCCCAAACAUGAAUCCAGCCAGAGUUAAUAAGGAGAUGGUCGAAAACAGAUUUAUUGAGAGGGUAAAUGCAACAGACAUGAUGUUUGUUUACGGUGAAGAGAAGAGAAGGUUGAUGCUAGUGGCCGCCGAAAGAGACUCACAGAAGUCUGGAAGAACCGUGCGCAUACCACCUCAAAAACUCCACGUUGGUGACAUCGUAGACGUGGCAUUCAGCAUGAUAGCAUUUGGGAAAGGGAGUGAAUUGAAGGCACGACUAUCACUCCGGAAUAUCACACUGCUGGAUGCUACGCAUAUGCAAAGGUGGCUCAAACAGAAAGUGAAGAAUCAGUUUCUGGACGUAAAGAUGCAACCAACGCUCAGACGGAGACUAGAAUUUGGCGACGAUGAUGAGGAAGACACUCAAAAACGAAUGAAACAGAUGGAAAUAACAGAGGCAGAUGGUUAA